AUGGGACGUCAAUUUCAUCACCAUCAUCACCAUCAUAAAAGACAUAGUUAUUCAAAUUGUUGUAUUGGUAUAAAUACAAUAUUUUUUUUAAUAACUUUUAUUGCAGGUGCAGUUAUUACAGCAGCAGUUUUUGUACCAUCAGUAGAAUAUAAAGAUGAAUGGUUAAAAUUAAAUGCAACAUUAAUAGACAAACCAAGUUUAGAUAUUAUGUGUCAGAAUUCAAGUUGUGUAGAGCAAAGCAAUCAAGUAUCAUUCCCAUAUUAUUUUUAUGACCAUGGAAAAACAUUCCCAUACGAAUAUGACAAAGGUGAGGAGCCAAUAGCACACAAAAAUGCAACUGAACCAACUGGUUUAUGUCCAAAUGCAAAACAUCAAUGCUGGAACACUUCAAUUUCAUUCCAAUAUCAUGCAAAUGAAACUUUUAUUCUUACAAAAUCAUUAUAUGUAUCUGGUGAUUGGCAAGAUGCUUAUGACUUUAAUCAAUACUUUACCUCAAGUUUAUUCCCUUGCUGGGUAUCAAUUAAAAACUCUACCGAAGUUUCUGUAGUACCAAUUCCACGUUAUUCACCUGGUGCUGCCAUUGCUGUUGGAGUUUUAUUCUCUUUUGCUCUUUUAUUUUUAAUUAUAAUUUUAGUUUUAAUUUCGAUUCGUUGUUUCUGCAAACAAACUCAUCAUGGACAUUACGAAUAUCAACCAAUAUCGAGUUAUUAA